AUGUGGGGAAAUGAUUCAACAUCUGAAGGCGGAGGUGGUGGCGGUUUCAUGGACGAAAGCUACUCCACCGCUACUCCUCAAGCUGAUCGUGGAGAAACUAAACGUAGCAAUAAUGUCAUACCUUUAAUGAUCUCGGAUGUCCACAAAUCUGGAAGACAUGGUACAAUAAUGGCGUUUAAAUGGCUCGAAGCAGAAAGUAUUCCGCCUGAAGGAAUAGAAGUAGGAAUGUACGUGAAAAUUCAUGGGACUAUAAGAGAGCAAGGCGGUGACAACUGUCAUGUUUUUGUCAUGAAAAUAAGGCCCGUUAAAAAAUACGCUGAGGUGUUUUCUCACCUGUUGGAAAUUAUUUCAAUUAGUGCAAACAUGAAAUAUCCUAAAAAUACCUUGCACGGUAAAGGAGUUGAAGCGCCGACUGGCAACAAAGCUGAAGAUGAUGAUAUGAACGAUGAUAUUUGCCAUGGUUUAACUAAUGAACAAAAAAUUUUAUACAAAAUAAUUAAGAGUCACGAUUCUGAAAACGGUAUCGAGCGAAAUUAUUUAAAAACUCAGGUACCUAAAAACUUGGAAGCUAAAGUUGAUGUAAUGCUGGACUUCCUUGCGUCUGAAGGACAUAUUUACACAACUUGCAACGAUGAUUUCUUCAAAGCUACUUAA